AUGCCGACAGCGCGUAAAGGCCGGGCCCGGCGGUUCGAUGAGUUCGAGGAGAAGAUCGCUAAGGACUUCGACAUCGAAAACGAAAUCCCCGAUAGCGACGACGACAAUGGAAGCGAGGAUUCGGCCGACGAGAACGCUGGCACGGAACACUACGUUGCCGUCGGGAAAAGCAAGCUCCGCCAGAAAGACGCCGUCUCCCUAGGACCAGAGUAUCGAGGGUCACGUGUGAGCCGGGCAGCACUAGAAGACAGCAGCGAUGAAGAUGUAGAAGGAGGGGAGGACAGCGACAGCGAAGAAGAAUUUGACGAUCCAGAAACUGCCGACCUCGAAGCCGAUAAUGUGGUGGAUGACGAAGAAAUCAGCAGCGAAAAUGCAUUCUGCGAAAGCGAUGACGAACAUCUCAAGAAACUGGUCUCCGGCGGGAAAUCAAAACCUAAAACUGAGGUGAAUGGGAGGAUUAAAAAGCGGGCGACCGCGGCGGACUUUAUGUCGUCUUCGGAGGGCGAGGAAGAGGAGGACGAGGGUGAAGAGGAUGGUGUGGAGCUAGGGGCAUCUGAGGAGGGCUCUGAAGUGGACGAGGACGGCGCACAGCUUUUUGAUAUGGAAGCUGAGUUGUCUGGCGAGGAUGACGAUGGUGAAGAGGAUGAAGACGAAGACGAUGAGGAGGAUGAGGACGAGGAUGAUGGCUUUGUGGUGGACGAUGAGGAGAACAGUGAAGAAGAUGAAGAGCAAGAAGAAGAUGACGAGGACGAGGACGAGGACGAGGACGACGAAGAUGACGGCGAGGACGAAGCCGGAUCGGAAGACCCGAAUGACGAACGGGCUCAGCUCCGAAAGAUGGCGACCGAAGGACACAAGAGCAUCGUAGCAGCUAUGUCACAAGCUGCGAAGGCAGACGCAGAAAAGGGCGUCGCUGUACGCGCCCAACGGCGUGCAUUCGACUCCAUUCUCAACCUGCGUAUUCGACUACAGAAAGCGCUGGUAGCGGCCAACUCGUUCAGCGUGGUCGACGACAGCAACAGCAACAAGAAGAGCAAGAAAAAAGAAACACAAGCGUACGAGGCUGCCGAGGAAGCAGCCGUCAAACUCUGGAACACAAUCGACAGUGUUCGACACACAUUUAUGCCAGAGAGCAGCAAAGCGAAGAUUGGCGACAAGCGGAAACGUGAAAUCGACGCCAGCACGCCGAGCGAGCAGAUCUGGGAGAGCAUGCAAGCGGUGGAAGCCGCAUCGCACUCCCAUCGCCGCAAAGUGCUUGACAAAUGGUCCGAAAGGGUCAAGAAGAGCAACGCCGCCUUACCAACGCGGAAACUCGUCAACGCGGAAGCCCAGACAUUGGUAUCAGCGCUGGACGAGCAACUGCUCAGCUCAGAACGCCUGGUCAAACGCGCGCGGACACCACGUUCCUGCGCACCGGUACAAGCAGCCAAGAAAGUAGACGAGGACCCCGAAAUCUACGACGAUGCCGACUUCUACCAGCUCUUGCUCAAGGAGUUGGUCGACCAGCGGAGCAGCGACUCCGGGGCGCCGGGCGAUUCCGUGGCGACGGUGCGGUGGGCGGCGCUCAAGGAGACCAAGACAAGGAAAACGGUGGACCGACGGGCGAGCAAAGGGCGCAAGCUGCGGUACACGGUGCAUGAGAAGCUGCAGAACUUUAUGGCGCCCGAGGACCGGCGGUCGUGGGAGGAUCACGCGAUCGAUCGCCUGUUUGGGACGUUGUUUGGGCAGAAGAUGGAGCUGCGCGAGGAUGAGGACGGUGUCUCGGAUGAAGAGAUGGGUGGUGUUGAUGUUGAGGAGGAAGGGCUUCGGCUGUUUAGAAACUAA